GUGGGCGCGGGGGGGGCCCGGGGGUCCCGCGGCGGCGGCGGAGGGGGGCGUGACGUCAGCGCAGGGGGGCGUGGCCUCGUCGUAUAAAGCGGCGGGGCCGCCGCGAGCCCGUUCAUUCAUAAAACCGGACACCGGCAGCGGCACCGGCGCCUGGCCGAGGGGAUUGAGCGCGGCUCGGCGCGGAUUUACCGGCGCUCGUAACGGAAACGGGGAUUUAUCCAGUACCGGGACAACUUUGGGGGGUUUUGGUACCGGAGCCGGUCACGGAUGGAGCGGGGAGUGUGAGGGGGGUUUGGAACGGAGCACCGGAGAGCGGAACGGACGGUACCGGAGAUUAUAGCGGGCAACCGGAGAUCGGCACGGACGCUACCGGAGCUUAUAGCGGACUAUCGGAGCUGGACACGAGCGGUACCGGAGCUUAUAGCGGAUAACCGGAGCUUUUAGCGGACUACCGGAGCUUGGCACGGACGCUACCGGACCUUUUAGCGGAUAAUCGGACGCACCGGAGCACGGUACCGGCGAACCGGAGCUUAUAGCGGACGGUACCGGAGCUUUUAUCGCAUUACCGGACAUACCGGCGCUCGGUACCGGAGCUUAUAGCGCACAACCGGAGCUUAUAGCGCACAACCGGAGCGCGGCACGAACACAGCGGAGCUCACAACCGCUUAACCGGGGCACGCCGGACACUCACCGGAGCCUGACCGGCGCACCGACCCGAGCCGCCCCGUGAUGCCGCCGGCGCUAACGGCGUGACCCCGCAGCUUUGUGGCGGCGGGGCGGCCCCCGCGGCCCCGGGGCCAUGUUCCAGGGGUUCCCCGGGGAUUACGACUCGGGCUCCCGGUGCAGCUCGUCGCCCUCGGCCGAGUCCCAGUACCUGUCGCCGCUCGACUCCUUCGGGAGCCCCGCGGCCGCCGCCGGGGCCGCGCAGGAGUGCAGCGCCCUGGGGGACAUGCCCGGCUCCUUCGUGCCCACCGUGACCGCCAUCACCACCAGCCAGGACCUGCAGUGGCUGGUGCAGCCCACGCUCAUCUCCUCGGUGGCCCCGGGGGCCGCCAUGGCUCAGCCGCCCCCGCCGCCCCCCGCCCUCGACCCCUACGAGCUGCCCGGGCCCAGCUACGGCGGCCCCGGCUUGGGCGGCGGCGGCUUCGGGACGGCACCGGGAGCGGCGGCACCACCGGGAGCGGCACCGGGAGCGGCACCGGGAGCGGCGGCACCACCGGGAGCGGCACCGGGAGCGGCACCGGGAGGCAGAGCCCCGCGGGCACGGGCGCGGCGGGGCCGUGAGGAGACGCUGACCCCCGAGGAGGAGGAGAAGCGCCGCGUGCGGCGGGAGCGGAACAAACUGGCGGCGGCCAAAUGUCGCAACCGGCGCCGCGAGCUGACGGACCGGCUGCAGGCGGAGACGGACCAGCUGGAGGAGGAGAAGGCCGAGCUGGAGUCGGAGAUCGCCGAGCUGCGCAAGGAGAAGGAGCGCCUGGAGUUCGUGCUGGUGGCGCACGCCCCGGCCUGCAAGGUCCCCUUCGAGGACAUCGGCGCCGCCGCGGCCGCCAUGGCCGCGCCCUCGGUCCCCGCCGCCGCCGCCGCCGCCGCCGCGCCCGUCUCCUCCGAGAGGGAAACUCCUCCUCAUCAUCCUCAUCAUCCUCCUGCUCCUCCUCCUCCUCCUCGUGCGGAGCCUCGCACCAGCGGCGGAGCGGCGGCGGCGGCGGCGGCGGCGGCGGCGACCACCGGGGCUCCUCCUCCUCGGACUGCCUGAGCUCCCCCUCGCUCCUCGCGUUGUGAACGGGGCAGGUGGCGCUUGGUCACCUCCGUGUCCCCUUUGUCACCUCCAGGUGUCACUUUGUCACCUCCACCGGGGCUCCUCCUCCUCCUCCUCCUCGGACCGCCUGAGCUCCCCCUCGCUCCUCGCGUUGUGAACGGGGCAGGUGGCGCUUGGUCACCUCCGUGUGUCCCUUUGUCACCUCUGUGUCCCCUCCAUGGGGUACCCGGAGCUCCAGGUGACACCUCCAGGUCACCUCUCCCCUCUCCAGGUGUCACUUUGUCACCUCCUCCUGCUCCUCCUCGGACCGCCCGAGCUCCCCUCGCGUUGUGAAUGGGGCAGGUGGCGCUUGGUCACCUCCGUGUCCCCUUUGUCACCUCCAGGUGACACCUCCAGGUCACCCCCACCCGUGCUGGAUUUUUGGUGUUUGUUUGGGUUUUUUCCACCCCCGGUUUUGGUGGGAUUUUUUGGGUUUUUCUUUCCCCCGGUUCUGGUGGGAUUCGUUAUUUUUCGCGGGAU